AUGGCAAAACAGCAAAACCAGGGCAAAGGCCAAGAGAAGGAAUUGGAACUCGAAAGUGGCGUGUCUGAGGCUGAGAUUGAGGCCCCAUUGCCUCUCACUGUGACUUCUCGGGUUUUGUAUAUGUUGGGAGAUAUCACUGCAGGGCCUGCGUUUAAGUUCACGCAAUGGCUCCAAUUAGUUCGUAAACGCACCGCAAAUCAUCGUUCUUCUGGCUUCCCUCGCCGCACUUCCAUCACCAUGUCGUCUAGUUCUUGCAUUAGAGGACGGUUGGAGGAUCCCAAACUGGAGCUGCACCCUGAUCAGACAGAAAUUAGCUUGUGGGAGAGGCUGGGAAAGGCUGCAAUGUUGGACAUUGAGUCGAGCUCUUUUUCAUGGGACAUGCUCUCUUCACUGCACCACACUGAACACAGCAGUAGCAAUGAACAAUCCGAGGAUGAGAUGAACAAAGCUCUCGAGGUAACUGUAAAUUCUGGAGGAGUUGUCUUCUUUGCCUUUUUCAAUUUACCUGGGAGUGCUAAUACUUGUCCAAAAGAAGCAGCAGCAGUUAUAAAGAUAUCACCAUCAAGAAUGGCAACACAGUCUGAACGCCUUGGCUAUGAAUUUGCCAAGUGGUUGGGAGUCCAAACUCCACAGGCUAGAGUCAUUCACAAUACCAGUUUCGAAUGGCAACAAAUAAAGGAAGCUGCAGAGAAAGCUAGAGAAGCAGCAAAUUCUGAGGGUGAUGAAAUUGGUGAGGUGACAUGUUUUGAACUUUUGGAAGCACUUGAGCUUAGCCGGUGCCUCUUUUUUAUGAGUUAUGUACACGGUUCACCCUUGCUUGAAAACUCUAGUGCAUUUGAGUCAAAGGAAUCCGCAGAAAGAACAUCAGAAGCUCUUGGCAGGGUGCUAAUGUUGGACCUUGUCAUCAGAAAUGAAGAUAGGCUGCCUUGCCGUGAGCUUAGAUGGCGUGGGAAUCCAGCAAAUUUGUUGUUGGCUGGAAAGAUUUUCUGUGCAAAUACAGAUGUUCUGGAAGAGGCUUUUGAUUCUGCAAUUGACCGAUAUAGACCGAAGAUGAUAAUGGCAUUUCAGAAAGAAAGAAGGUCAACUUCAGUUGAUUGCAGUCUCGAUUCUCACAAUCCUGGCUUGACAUCACAUUCCUCUGAUCUUUCAGAUAUCGCAGAAUCUCCAAUAUCUCCUGCCAUGCACCUUACAAGUCAAACAUCAGGAGAAUUAAUGUAUCCGGACAUCAACAUAGUAGCCAUUGAUUCUGGUGUUCCUCGGCGACCCCCUGCUGGAAAACGUGCAAAUGAUCAGGUCAAUUAUCCUAAGUUGAUUGAAUUGCUAAUCAACAGUUCCGAAUUUGCCUCAAACCUGAUAUACGAUGUAACUGGAGGGAAAUUAGGAUGUCCUCCAUCAGAAGACAUGGACAAAAUUGAUGUACAUGGAAAUGACGUAAUGUCUGUAGUUCAUGCAUUCCGUGCUGGUUUCCGUGCUGCUCUCAGAGAUCUGCAAGGAUUUCACAUAUUCCUAGUCACACUUCACCAAAGACUUGAUACUUUGUUACGAUUAUUUAUGAACAUUAUAAGCAAAAUAUCUUUGGGAGAAUUUGACAAAGAAGAUGGUAUGAAUCCUGACUCACCUUCACUGACACCUGGCGGGCAUUGUUACUCUCCAUCAAGCAAGGAGAGGCUUAGUAAUGAUAACCAUCACGAUUAUAUUGAUUCAGACUCACAGAGAACUGCUUCAAAGGCAUCAUUUUCAGGCAACAAAGAUUGCAGUGACUCUACUCCUAUGUCAAGAGAAACUUGGCAUGGAAAGUUCUCUAAAGGAAAUGGGGAAUCAUUUCGUAGUCUCCGUUUGACUAAUAAGCUCCGUGACUUCCACAAAUUUGCCAAGGUUGAUGCUGAAUCCAGUAAAGAAUUGGAACAGUGGAAUGAAAUGCUUAAAAGUGAUGCCAUCAAACUGUGCCAGGAGAACAAUUUCAAUCCAGGAUUUUUCGAGGGUAGUGAUAAUAACUGUGUUGUUGAUGCAUAUGAACUUAAGGUUAGACUUGAGCAUAUUCUCGAGAGAAUUGCAUUGAUAUCAGAUGCUGCAAGUACUGAGAAACCUUCAGCAGUGACAAGCAAUCUGUUCAUUGGUGGAGCAUUGGCGGCAAGAUCUGUAUACACACUGCAAUACUUGGGAAUUACAAAUAUUUUGUGUUUGUGUACCAAUGAAAUUGGACAGUCAGAAACUCAGUAUCCUGAUCUAUUUGAGUAUAAGAAUUUCUCUGUAUGUGACAGUGAUGAUUACAACAUCAGCAGCAUAUUUGAAGAAGCAUGUGAUUUUAUAGAUCAUGUUGAACAAACAGGUCGAAGAGUUUUAGUUCACUGCUUUGAGGGGAAAAGCAGAAGUGUCACGAUGUGGGUGACAGUUGCGACAUGUUUUGAACUAAUUUUUUCAUUGUGCAGGAAGUAUACUUUAUUAGAAGCAUGGCAAGCUCUGAAACGAGUUCACUGUCGAGCACAACCCAACGACGGUUUUGCAAAGAUCUUGUUGGAAUUGGAUCAGAAACUAUAUGGAAAGGUUACGAUGGAAUGGCAUCAGCGGAAACCAAUGAUGAAAGUCUGCCCCAUAUGUGGGAAGAAUGCUGGACUAAGCAGCAGCUCACUCAAGCUCCAUCUGCAGAAAUCACAUAGAAAGCUGUCCUCUGGUAGUGUAGAUAGUGCCAUGACCAUGGAAAUCCAGAAAGCAUUGACAGCUUUGAAUAUUGGCCGUGGAGGGAGUGUCAGCCCCACACAAAGACAACAAUCUCAUCCAAUAAUAACAAUAGAAACUGCAAACCCAUAG